AUGAAGAUCUACGUUGCCGUUGCCGUCUCGGCUUUGGCUCUGUCGACCGCGAAUGCAGCUUCAGACCGAGAAGUGUCCUUCUCGCUCAAGAAGAUCUCCAACUUCGAUAACUACCACACCAAACCAGUGCGAGUGAUUCAAGCUCGGGUUCAAAGCGAUGCCCCGGUCUGGAACGCGACGACCAAAACAUUCGGCUCCAAGUUCUACGACACGGCUGAGGAGCAGCUCCGAGGGGCACUCGACACUGUGAACACUGCGUCAGUCGAGGGUGCACUCAUGUACGUGCAAGCCGAGGGAAUCAACUACAACACUCGAAGCGAGGAGGACAGAUGCUGGCGCAAGAACGGGAUGCAGUACGUGGUCUUCUAUGAAAUCGUCUUCGCCCAGACCAACGAAACUGUCGCGGAGUACGAAUCGGAGUACGGUCCGAUGCUGCCUAUGGACGGUGGCCAAUGCACGCCGAUUGCUGGAACAAGCGCGUUCUCCAAGGAGUGCGUAUCACUCAACGGCAACGCCAGCGUACCGAACCUCGGGCCUUUUAUCGGCGGCGAAUCCAAGGAGACCGAUGCGCGUGCACCGUACCCUCACUGUUGGUGGUAUUCAUUCCCCAACAACUGCCCCCUUCAGAAGUGGGCGAACAAAACGGAGGAUUGCCGUGACUCAAGUCGACAAGGUCUCUGCGAUAUGGAUACACUGCCGGAUGGUAUUUCGUGUACGUACAACUACCGGGUUCUCGGCUACGUGCCGAUUGACGACGUCUUCUGCGAGGCCGGUGGCGUCGAGUUCCAAGCUUCGGAGGCGGGUGUCUGGAAUGCCAGUAUCACCUUCUGGAAGAACCCGCAGAACACAACGGCCAAUGCCGCACGCACAGAGAAGUUGCUGUCGACCUACGCCAAUCUGCUCAAGACCAACACGUCGUCGCAGAUUGAAAGUGCAGACUGCGACUCGGAGUUUGGCUGCAAGCGCCAACACUACGGACAGAUGUGCACGCUCUGCAGCAGCACAGCCACGGGGUGUGUCCCGCCUCCUGAGAACUUCACCUUUCCGACUCUACAGAAGGCGGCAGUGUUAUCAGCGGACGCAACGACGGGAUCCACUGCGUCAAGCUCCAUCCUGGCGGCUGGUGCGGCUUUGGUGUCCUUUGCUUUUUCGGUUUUACUUGCCUAAGCAGCCCACAAGGCGACAAUUAUAUCUGAAAGUGAUCCUGGAGGACAAAACCCACUUCAACUGUACCUUUUAGGCUUCAUCAUCAUUGUAGCACACUUCUCUAUAAUCGAAUAAUCAUGUACCCAUACCAAAAUGC